AUGUCUCUAUCGAGACGUUAUGUUCAAGUGGGAUUUCUCUGGUUUUGCACCCUGAAUGGCAUAACCGUCCUUAACAUAACUUCCGGAAGAUAUCGAAAAUCGCGUUUUCUUAUCGGUUAUCGCAUCGUUCACAAUUUUCUCGUUAUAAUCUUGACUGUGAAGUUUUUGCUGGAGUUUUGGCGGGUCAGUGAGGAGUCAUUUUCUCAGUCUCCUCUGGUUAAACUGGCUGCCAUCACAUACUUUGGGCUGGUUUUCAUAUCGCUUAUUAGUUGCAUGCUUUGUGCCCAUCGCCGACAGGAGAGCAUACGCAUUAUGCUAGUUAAACUAAAAGAUUUUGAUGAAAUAAUCCAGAAACGUGGCUACACUCUUUCAAGGGAGAAAAAAAAAUUUCUUGAUCUCCUCACAGUAGGCCUUGUCGCUCUGCUGAUCCUUCGGCUUGCUAUUCAUGGAUUUUUGAAUGUAAAAAGAUUCAUGAGGGGAUCCCAUAACCCUUGUAACUGCUUUUUGUCAGAGUGCAUGAUCUUUGCAAUGAACUCUUUGGCAUUUGGCAUCUUGCACGAGCUCUGCCGCAAUUGGUGGUGUUUGCAGUCCGGGCUAAAGAUGUUGCUAUUGGAAAGGAAGCCUUUUAAAGAUCGGCUGACUCAUUUGAGAAAGCUUUUGGACACGUUUCAGUGCCUAAUUGAUAUGACACAAGAUGUUUGUGUGGUAUUUAGGUUUGUUUUCUUGUGCUACUUGAUGCGGAAUGUCUGGAGCGGCAUACGAGUCGGAUACAUGCUGGUCCGCGUCUGUCUGGGCCACAGUGCCAUCGAGUCAGAAUUGGAGUAUCUUCAAAUGGUAUUUGUCACAUGUAUACAACCGCUGCUUUAUUCCAUCCUGAUGAACUAUCUCACCCACACCACCGAUAAUCUCCUGGAAGACACAAAGAGCAUGAUGAGAGAAUUAUACCAUGCCAAUGCUCGAGUUGAUCAAGCAAUGGAAUGGUUUUCUCUGCAGGUUGCAAAACAGCAUACUUACGUUCAUAUCUUCAGUACUUAUCGUCUCAACCGGGCUUUGGUGUUUGAGGGGUGCUCGGUAAUCCUGUUGCAUGUCAUCUAUAUGGUUCAGUGCGAGUACACUCAAAUGUUUUAAUAGAUUAAAACUUAACUUAAAAUCUUGAAAUGGUUGGAGAUGCGUACUAGUUCUUUAUUGGCAACUAUUACGGCCAAGAAC